GUUCAUCAGAGCACUCGCUCCACGCUUGAUAGUGAUAGUGCUUUUCCUAAAAUUCGGAAAAAUAGGAUAGCGACACUGAAGGAUAUCAGUCGGCGGGAUUCAUACUUGGAUCAGGCUGUGAAGAGAGCUGCUGGAAGGCUGAAGCAAGUCCUGCAGAGGCACUGCGCACGUGAGUUGAAAGAGCGCGCUUUUGAGGAAGCACUGGCCCAGUUUCGCUUAAAUUUAUCCCAGAAACUUCUUACACCGCCAGCGCGACUGUGGGCCGGGAAAUUUCUUGAUAGCGUGUCCUCAGCGGCUGGAAGCCUUGAUGCUGGCUCGUCUCUAGCUACCUCAAAACUGCAGUUCUUCUCGGGCUCUCCUAAAGGUAGACAUGACGAGAAAUCCGAGAAAAAAGACUCUUGCUUUGCGGCAAAUAGUCGCUAUAUUCUGGCUCUAGAUCCGGGCUUCAAGCAAGGCACAAAGGCUGCUAUCGUAGAUGCGGCGUCGGGGGGCGGCGUGGUCGAGACACGGACGCUGUUUAUGCCGCGUGACGAAAGUGCGUUGCAGGACUUGCUGUUUGGCGCUCAUCGACCAGCUAUUGUGGCGCUUGGAAAUGGCAAAGGCUCUCAGGAAAUGGAAGAAGCGAUUCGAAGGGUUGCAGCAACAAGUAAUAGAAGACAUCGACAUGAUGUUCAUGUUGUUGAGCUCGACAGGACCAGGAGUACAUCGAAAUCCGGUCAUGAUCAACCAUCGUCAUCCAAUAGUAAACAGGACGAAAAAAGUCGAAAACAUGAUUAUGAAGCAGAAGAUCCUAGUUUUCUUUUCUUCGUGUUGGAUGAGACGGGCGCAAGCGUAUAUUCGGCCACAGAGCUGGCGUCGAAAGAACUGCCACACCUUGACGUUACGCACCGCUCAGCAGUGAGUCUUGCGCGGCGGGUGCUAGACCCUCUUGCAGAAUUCUGCAAGAUUCCAC